GCUGCUAAGAGAUCUGUCAGAGCUUGUGGCGUAAAGCGCUGCCUCUGUCGCAAACCCAAUGUGAAGCCAUCUAAACAAACAACAGGAACCAGCUGCGCGGAUUUAAAGUCAUUUUAGAUUCAUUGGGACGUAUACGUUUCCCACAGCGAUGGCUGCGUCUUCUUCGUCCUCCUCUGCGGGAGGUGUGAGUGGCAGCUCGGUGACUGGAUCUGGAUUCAGUGCUUCAGAGCUCAUUCCUCCAAGGAAAGUCCUCUACACGUAUCCUAAAGGCGCAGGUGAAAUGAUGGAAGAUGGCUCUGACAGAUUUUUAUGCGAGUCUGUAUUCAGCUACCAAGUUGCCUCCACACUUAAACAGGUUAAACAUGAUCAACAAGUAUCUCGAAUGGAGAAACUUGCAAGCUUGGUGGAGGAGCUGGAAGCAGACGAAUGGCGGUACAAACCUAUUGAACAGCUAUUGGGAUUCACACCGUCUUGAAGAAACACAACAUGGUGCCUUUUGGUUAAUAAAUAAGCUGAAUAAAAGAAGAUGCUUUAUUUCAGUUCAUAGUAUAAUACUUUAUUGUUGUCUUAUUUGUGAAUUCUGCAGAUACUGAAUGUGAGAUCACUUUUACUAUUUUAUGAGCAUCGUUCUCUUUUUAAAACUACCUUGUUCUCCCAGCAUAAAACCUCUCUCCAAAAACAACAACUCAAAGUUUUGUCAUGGAUUCCUGAUGUGUUUUUUUCAUCUGGUUGAGGCUCAGUCCAGUCAAAUCUUUCGUACUUGCAGUUUUUAGGGAGGAAAACAUCUUUGGUAAUGAAAUAAAUCCCUUGAAGUGAGGCAUUGUGUUUCCACAUGGCUGCUUUGUAACUCAUAAAUCUGAAAACCUUCUGCCCGCUCAGUCUCUCCUCCUCCUCCUGAGUCCUCAGAGCUGCUCGCUCCAGCAGCACAAAGGGAGCUUGUAAAUAAAUAAAGUCAUACUUGGACAUUC